GCUCAGGUGCUGUAACGUGACACUGGAGCACGUGACCUGCAGAGGGAAUUCAGGAGGAGGAAGAAACCGAAACACCGCUGAUAUCCGGAGCGCGCGAGCCCGACCUGCCCGAGCUCUGUGUGUGUGAGCAGGUGUGUACAGGUGUGUUUAGGUGGACUUUACCUGUGUUUAACUGGGAACUCUGGAGUUUUGUCGGUGUGUGACUGGGUGCCGCGCGCCACUGGGCCGCUGUCGCCGCGAGCUCCUCCGGUGAGCGCUGAGGUGAGUCGGAAGAGGAGCCGCGCGCGCACACAGGAGAGAAGCAGCAGCAGCAGGAGCAGUCAUUCAGAGAAGACAGCCGCCGCAGUGUCAUCCAGCUCUGCUGACAUGACCUGCUGUGUCCAGGCCGUGGCCCGGGGUGCGUGAGGGCAGGGAGAUGGAGUCCAGGCCGGCUGCGAUGCUCCAGGCGGGGCUGGCGGCAGGGAGUGCUCUGCUGCUGGUUCUUGGAAAUGCUUCAGCUCAAGAAAACAUCACAAUGCCAACAAACACCACAGAUACACCCAGCACUCAGGGGCCUAACAUCGUGGCGAUUGUGGUGCCAAUCGUGGUGGUGCUCGUGCUGGUGAUCACAGGAGGGCUGAUCUUCCUUUUCUGUGUGGUGAAGAAGAAGCGGCAGACGGAGGGAACGUACAGGCCCAGCUCGGAGGAGCAGUCAGGGGCGCGGAGCGUGGAGGCACCCAACACUCUCAAACUGCCCAAAGAGGAGAGACUUAUCUGAUGAUAGAGUGCAGGACCUGCAGCGCUCCAUACCCAGGAUAUGGCGUCACAUGGUUCAAGCAUUUCAGCAAGCUGGCACAAGGUGUCCUCCACAGUGACAGUCCAGUAUGCGAUCAAAUUUGCACUAUUUUUUUCUUCAGGAGUUAGGUUCCUGUAGUAGUUUUGCACUGGAACUAAUGCUAAAGCUAAUGUUGCUACCAUGUAAUGAUAGCUUAUGACCACUAAUUGGCAUAUUAAUCAUAAUAUCAAAAUCAUACCACAGGCUACACUGCUAAAUCAUGUUAACACAUUUGUGUGUGAUUAUUUAAAUAUGCAAUAUAAUGCAUUUAGUCAGUAUUUAAUAGCUUGGAAGCCUAUUUACCACGCUGUUACUUUGCCUAAAAAAACAGAUUACCUUGUACGUGGGCGGGGGGGGGGG